GGAUUGCAACAGUUUGAGUUAGCCCGGGGCGUGAGCUGCAGCCUAGGCACGCGACUCGGUCGAGAAGCGCGGGGUGGGGGCGGUCUGAAGCCCGUGCGCCCACCCCUACGGUUUCCGGAGGCCCGACUUGGGGUCGGAGUUUCGCUGUUUGGGCUGCUCACCUGGACGUCAAAUAUGGGCCGGAUAAAGCAGCGCAUAGUGUAUAAUGCUUGUAUCGGCUUACCUCUACCGUAGCAAAUCGAGCGCAGAGCUCGGCCUCGCGUUUCGCCCGGCCGCGCGCGCGGCGUGUCGGGCCUUCGCGCACAUAGUGAUCAGCAAGAAGUACAAAUAACAUCAUCACUGAAGCCAUACACGUAAUGAAACUGGGCGUUAGCUGCUAGCACUGUUGUUCUUGUGUGCUUCCCAGGGCGGGAAGGCCGAUUCCUACGCCGAUGUGCAGUUCUAGUGCAAUAACAUGGAGCCCCGCCACACUCAUACACAGACAUUAGUGACCAUCCUUAGUUCUUGAGUGCGUCGCGGCUAGUGCCUGCGCGCCCCAAAACGUUGGUCCAUCACAGGUUGCUACAACAACCUUGCGAGUCACUAUAGCCCCGGAUAGCUACGCCGCGAUACUGAGCUUGUAAUUAUUCUGUUGUUAGAAAGUUAGAAUCUACAAGUUCACGCGAGCAGCGCCCGCCUGACCAACCGUCCCUGUGAUGCCGGUCCGGGCGCGCUUCUUGAGCGCGCUUCUGGUGGGGCUAGUCGGACUAGCCUCGGCUCAGACGCAGCCCACGUUUCCCUUCUGCCAGUGCGUGCGGUCAACCUCCACUUCUCGGUAUGAGGUGGUGGACGCACCCGCUGUUGCGCUGAAGGCCGGAUACUGGUGUGUCCAACUACGCGUCAAGGAGCAGUGCGACAAACCGAAGAACCCCUGCUGCAAUGCCGACCUGUACAAGAUCGAGUUGCUAGCCCAGUCCGGCUGUGUGGGCUCCCGAAUGACUGCCUCGUACGGCUACUCGGCGGCAUCGCUGGUGGAGGUGCCGUCCGUGCCCACCUGGGAGGUGCCCGACGCCGCCCCUGAGGGCGCGGCCGUGCUCAAGCUGGUGCGGCUGGGCCUCAACACCAGCACGGCGGACGGCAUGUACAUCUGCUACAAGGCCCUGAGCGGCAGCUGCAAGAAGCCAGAGCAGGUGUGCCUGCCGGGCGCUACCGGGCAGUGCCAGCUGUCGCUGUUCAACACCGACUCCUCCUGCUGUCCCACGGAGACCUUCCCUCUCCCACCCCCUCCAUCACCCCCUCCUCCCUCACCCCCUCCCCCUUCGCCGCCCCCUCCCUCCCCUCCGCCCCCCUCGCCUCCUCCUCCCUCGCCCCCGCCCCCAUCGCCUCCUCCUCCCCCUUCUCCCCCACCUCCGUGUGUAGUGUGCUACAACCUGGCGUCCGCCGGCUUCUCCUUCAACAACCGCACAUGUGUCCUGUUCGCGGGCUUCACCAACGGCUUGCUCACGCAGGAUUGGAUGUUCCAGGAGGGGCUGAUCCUGGAGCCAUUUGUGUGCACCCAGGCCACUCCCAACUUCGUGCAAAUCUGCGCGACCUACGCCAGUGCCGAGGUGGCGCAGGAGGCUGCGGACUACAUCUCAGCCGACGACUUCUCGCUUGUUGAGCUGAUGUGGGACUACAUGCGGCUGCGGCGCUACCUGUGCGGCGGCCAGGGCAGCCUGCAGUUCAGCUCCGAGUCGGACUGCAUCAACCCGCUGCUCUACAACAGCCGCGCCUGCGCCCUGGAGCAGACGCCCUUCCCCUUCUGCGAGUGCGACAAGACGCCUGGCACCAUGCCCUUUGGCGUGGACUACUACUACUCGGAGCCCGCCAACAGCAAGUUUUGCUUCACGGUCCUGGCGGUUACGCCCAACGACCCAAGCUCCAGCUGCGGCAAGAUCACAACCAUCAAGAAGGUGGAGUUCAACAUCCAGGACAGUGUGAAGCGCCAGAUCAAGGCGGUGGUGGACGCGAGCGGCAAGACGCUGCGCACCGCCUGGGGCUCCCUGGGGGACAACACCUUCAAGAUCACACCGCUGUCGUGGACGCUGCCGCAGCUGACGGCGGCGCCGCAGCAGAUCUGCAUCAUCACCACCGGGGCGGAGCUGUCGGACCUGUGUGUGGGCGGCGGCUGCACCGCCUCCGUGUUCGACGACAGCCAGAAGUGCUGCCCCACCAGCACCAGCCAGCUGGAGCCCGUGGUGCCGGACGACGCGUUCAGGUCCUUCCCUUGAUGAGAGGACGUCUUGGGGUCCUUUCCUUAAGGGCGCCCCUGCAAGCCCGUCUCUGCCCUGCAGAGGUCGCGCGCCAGACUGUUUGCUGGCACUUCUCCUGGUGCAAGGUAUUGCAGCGAGACGCGUCGCCGCCAUGUGGCCGCGUGGCGUGUCUGCGGCGCAUGACGGCAUGAGGAAGAGGAUGCAGGGGGCGGCACAGCCAGGCUGCGGGCUGGAAUCCUGGAUCCAGCGGGCCUGGAUCCCUUGAGACGGUGUUGGGACCUUGCCUCCGAGAGGCAGAAGAGACACGCAUGGCGACAUGUUAUUGCUGUAGAUACUAAUUGAAAUACAUAAGAGAUUCGCUACGUCGGCAGCAAUCGGCACCGGUAGGGCAGUGGAAGCUAGGCAAGCCAGUGAGCUGCAAGGUCGCCGCCGCGCCAUCGCGCCAAGUAAUAACAGGGAGGAGCCGCACGCGCCAUUCGCGCACUGUCCCUUCCUCUAGAGCACCGCAUGCACGAAGCCAUCAAUCGCACUGUGGGGUUAGUUUAGCUGGCAGUGCAGGCCUGACGAGGAAAUCUCGACGUCGUCCUGAGCUAGGGAGGUAGUGGUGAUGUGGUGGUAGGUGGUGUGGAGGGCGCCCGGCCCUGUGUUGUUCGCCCGUAUUGCCGCCGUUGAUUCACGGAACGCAUCCCGAUUUGCUUCUAGCUUCCGCCUUGUCUUCGCUUCAUGCUGACUGACUGACUGCGUUGCGAUGCACGGCAAUUGGGGUUGGGUCGUUUGUCAGGUUGUCAGGAGUUGUCAGGAGCGUCUGGCGAGUCCCGCCGACAUGUUGCCACCCAUCCGUGGCUAGGAGGAUGCCGUGCGGCGAGGCGUACACGAAAUCUCUCGUUGAAAGCCUGUGUGCAGAUGCGCGCGCGCCGAACCGUGUGUGCAGAUGCGCGCGCGCUGUCUGGGUUGCGUUGGCGAAGUUGAGGAGCACCAAUGGGCUCGGCUGUGUGUGUGUGUGUGUGUGUGUGUGUGUGUGUGGUGGGAUGGGUUACGGGCAGUUGGGAAUACAUUCACUGCGGCGUUGAGCUCGAGGCCGUCGGCUGGGCUGACCGGAUGCAUUUAUUAUCAGGGCAACCUAACUUCUGAGCUCUCGCACUA